CUGACCUUCAAGUGGAGGAAAUUUAAAACUGUGAAUUAUGUUGACCUUGCUUUGCACUUCAUUACUGAGCUGAGGAAACUCCUAUUUCUUCUAGUAAUUCCUCAGAUCACUGACUGUUUGGUUUAAUUUGUUUGUGACAAAUUAUUUCAUCAUUCAAAAUCGAGACUAUGGAGCGUAAUUUUUCGCUUCUUUGUUAAAUAUUGUAAUGAUUUUUGGAUGAACAUGCGAUGAAUAUUAAUUGGUAGGACUCAUUAAGAAAUUACCGUUGGUAAAGAGAUGAAACCGUAACAACUGUUCCAAUAAAUCGAAAGUAACGACAUAGUUGACCAAAGCAUUUUGGAUUUUUACAAACAGUUAGACAUGUUUUGGUAUAAUCACUGGUCAGAGUGUUUGAGACGGCUUAAUACAACUAGUUCCUUUAAGUUUCAACUUCGCUGCAUUUUGAGAGCGAAAUAUGAGAUGUACCAUAUCAGCUACAGUACAAAGAGUGAAAACAAAGACUUUUACUAAGUCUUUAAUAUGAUGAAACAAUUAAUGCUUUCGGUUGAAGUAUAUUCCGAAAUAAGACUAAAAUAAAGGUCGAAAUCACUAAGCUACGAUGUUCAUGAAGAAAAUUGCAAGUACCUGAGUCAGUUAAAGUAUCUGCAUGAUCAAAAACGUCUUACUAUAUUAUAAUAUCCUAUUAUCACUUCGCAGUUCUUAAUAAUGACUUAUUCACGUACCAUUUGUAGUGUUCUUCCACUACAAAUAGUUUUUUCAAGCUAACCAUUUAGCACACUAAUUUCAACCGUGAUGGAUGUAAUACAAUCCCUUAGAAACUUCAGCGAGAAGCUUUAUAGGGAGAUUUUGAAAAGAAACGAGGGUUAUUUGGAGAAUACAUUUCUCUCCCCUUUCAAUAUCUAUACUGCCCUCGGAAUGAUCUUCUGUGGAAGUGCAAACAAUACGAAUGCUGAGUUGAUAAAAGCGAUGCUGUUACCUGAUUGCUUGGAACAGGAAAUAAUCCACAGCGCAAUUGGUGAACUUCUGGCUGAUCUUUCGAAGCCUGAUGAGAGUGUUGAGAUAAUCAUUGAAAAUAGAUUCUAUGUAAAUGAGGAUGUGCAGAUUGAGAAACGAUUUAGAAAUAUCAUCAAGCAGCAUUACAAUGCACUGACUGAGCAUGUUGCGUUUCAUAGAGAUCCUGAAUGUGCUCGAAAUCGAAUUAAUCAGUGGGUUAGUGAACAGACCAACGGAACAAUCCAGGAACUGAUCCCACGUGUGGCUAUAUCGCAAGAAACGUCAGCUGUUGUGCUAUCCAUUACAUACUUUAAAGGUAGUAUUAUUUAUAUAUUCAAAUCAAACAUUUAUUACCUGAGUUUUUAUUUUUUUAUUACUGUGUUUUAUAUCUGCUGUCAACUCUAUGUGUGAUUACCUUUGACUGGUUUAUGGAAUCUACCUUUCCCUUACGAGGAUUCACACGACAGCGAUUUCUUCAAACUUGACGGAUCAACAAUGAACGUGAAGUUAAUGUAUAAUCUAUCCUGUUUCAGUGUGGUCAUCUUACCAGAUUUGGAAUCGCGAGCUAUCAAGAUACCGUUUAAAGAUCCGAAACCUGACCAUGAAGCACUUAUGGUGUUCUAAUGCUUACAUCUUGUUGAAUGCCUUGUUUUGAUUGCAUAGUCUGAUAACUGGAUUACGAGCAACUGAAUGACAGAGAUACAGCUUCAAAUAAUGCUAACCUAACUGAAGCUGACUGAAGCCAACAAAUAAAUGGGUAAUUUGCAUCAUAUUCAACUUACGCAUGCUGCCCCUCAUGAAGGAGGAUAGGCCUCCCACCAUCAUUCUCCAUCCAACUCUGUCCUGGGCAGUCGUUUCCAGUUGCUAUUGAUCCUUCCGAUUUGUGAUUCCAAUUUUCGACUUAGUGCGUUCUUUGACCUUCCUCUUUUCCGUUUCCUUUCAGGAUUCCAAGUAAGCUCUUGCCUUGUGACGCAGUUUGAUAAUUUCCUCAAUGUGUGUCGUAUCCACUUCCAGUGACUUUUCUUAGUUUCCUCUUCAGCUGGAAGCUGGUUUGUCCUCUCCCACAAUAUACUGUUGCUGAUGGUAUCCAGCCAACGGAUAUUGAUCAUCUUAUGUAGACUGCUGUUUAUUAAUGCUUGUGCCAUUUUGAUGAUGGUUGUGGUAGUUCUGGAAGCCUCAGCUCCGUACAGUAGAACUAUCUUGAUGUUCGUAUUGAAGGUUCUCACUUUGAUGUUGGUUGACAGUUGUUUUGACUUUCAUGUGUUCUUCGACUGUAGGAAUGCUGUUCCUGUUUUGCCAAUCCUUGCCCGUAAGUCUGCAUCAGAUCGUCCUUGUUUAUCGAUGACGCUACCCAGAUACGUGAAUGUUUCCACCCCUUCCAGAGUUUUUUCAUCAAGUGUGAUUACGUUAGUGUCCUUUGUGUUGUAUCUGAAGAUGUUGCUUUAACCCUUGUGUAUGUUGAGUCCUACUGAUUGAGAGGCUGCAGCUACACUAUUUGUUUUAACCUUCAUUUGUUGAUGUGUAUGGGAUAGAAAGGCCAGGUCAUCUGCCAAGUCCAAAUCUUGUAAUUGAUUCCGAUUUGUCGAUUUCAUUUCGUGCAUUCCUUCAGAUAUCGAUGUGUUCGUAAUCUAGUCAAUCACCAGAUAAAAGAGAGGAAUGACGAGAGUACACAGCCUUGUCUGACUCUGAUCCUCACUUGAAAUGCGUCUGUCAGCCUUCCUCCAUACACGACAUUGCAGUGUAUUCCGUCGUACGAAUUCUGGAUGAUGUUGACGAUGUUGUCAGGUACUCCGUAAUGUGCUUGUGUAGUUCUCACAUUUGCUCUAAUCUCCUUUUUUUGAUAUUUUGAUGAGGUAUGUUUCUUUCCAGUCAAUCGGCACUUAUUCUCCCCUCCAAAUCUUGCUGAAUAGAGUGUAAAGCAUGUCUGCAGUUACGUCUAUGUCUGACUUUAGUGCUUCGACUGGUAUAUUGUUAGGUCCUGCUGCUUUCCCCUCUCGAUUUUCCUAAUGACUAUCCUGAUUUCUUCGAUCGUUGGUGGAAUGACAUCUAUAGGAUGGUCUGUGUGCUGCUUCGAUAUCCGGUGGAUUCAAUGGAGCUGAUCUAUUCAAGAGUUCCUCGUAGUGUUCCGCCCGGUGAGACUCAUGUAGCUUUGUGUGGGAAUAUUGUCCGCCUAUAACCAGUUUGUUGAAUGCACAUAAGUUUGCAAAUCUCUCCCCAUUUUCUUUCUUUUCUCCUAGUCCAUGUUGUCUCAUGAUAUCUCCAUAACCGUUGUUGUCCAUUCCGACUUUGGCGUUUAGAUCUCUCAUCAGAAUGUUCAGGUCCUUUCCUAAACACUUCGCUAUGAUCGACUGCAGCCUCUCGUAGAACUGGUCUUUAUCGUCAUCACUGCUAUCAUUGUUGGGUGCAUAACAUUGGAUAACAUUGAUUGUGAUUCCCUCCUUUGUUUUGAGGGAUGCUUUGAUGAUCCUAGGGCCAUGAGAUUUCCAUCCUAUAAGUGCAUUUCGUGCUUCUUUGAACAGCAUCAGAACAACUCCCUGAGUGUGUGGAGCAUCUUUUUAUUCGUGACCUGAACACAGCAGUAUCUCUCCUGUAUUUAGCCAUUUCUGUCCAGCUGGGGUCUAAUGGGUUUCGAUUAUUCUGAGUACUGUUAUGCUGUAUCUCCCUAUUUCCGUUGCUACUUGACUGGUCCUCCUGGUCUCUCGAAUUGUUCGAACAUUCCAUGUACCAAAAAAUUGUUCUGGUUGUUAGGAGGGGCAUUGGCCUUGUGACUUCCGAAGAAUCCCAGUUUUCACUAUGAGGCGUCAUAAGUCUUCCUUCAACUGGGAAGUCAGAAUUAAUGAAACUCAAGCAUGGUUCUGAUAUUUCAAUUUUGGUUCUUGUUAUCUUCAGAGCUAUUCGAUUUAAGUUAUGAGAUAAAUUUUGAAAUUUGAUGGUGUUGUUUUGUAUCCAGUAUUUCAUUGGGGUUUUUUGACGGAAAGGCGUUUAAGCAUGUGUCCUCUUCUACGGAAAUAGUGUUUAUUAAUAGCUGUUUUAGUUCAUGUUUAAGCAAUAGUGUUCCAUUCUGUCUUUGGAAUUUGGACUGUGUACAUCAAAAUGACUUUGUCGGAGGUCAAACAAAUAACUAGUGGAAAUAAUUAAAACAUGUAAUUAAUGAGCUGAAAUUAGCCUUUCUUGAAGUGCUACAUUAUUUUUUGCUAAGAAUUUCAUACUCGAUCAAACAUAAAGUAUUGAAUAAAACAACUUCUGUCUGAGUGUAACAUGCGUCAGUUUACUUUCAGUUUGGUUUUUGUUGACUUAUUUCAUCAUUCUGUACAGAUUGAUGAGGAAGGUGUCGUAGCUGCUGCAGCCACUUUGUGUAUAUUCGCUGGAUGUGCACUUAAUUCUUCCAAACCUGUGGUAGAAUUUCGUGUUGAUCAUUCAUUCUUCGUUUCGAUUAUCUGGAAUAAUACUCUACCAAUAUUUCUGGGACACGUUACGACUCCAGUGAAUGACUAGUGUGGUAUGGUAUACGAAGAAACCUUCGACAACAAUUAUUUUUGUGCUUACUAAAUUAUAUCAAACUGCAUAUUUUGAACUUCACUAUUCCUUGACUAAUAAAUAACAAGUAAUUUUAAAAAACGGUGAUAAUUUUAUCUAUACACCAUCACAAGUGCUCUCUAUAUUUAAUCAGUGUUCUGACAAACGUAUUCUUAUGUGUAUUUCUUUAAACAUACUUUUGCAUUAUCUUCGGCUAACUGUGGAACAUAAAGUUGAAAUGCUAGUUGUCGUAACGAAUAUGCCGUAUGAUCUUUGCUUCUAUUUGUUGGCUAAUUGUUUUGAAUUACUUAGCUGUGUCGAGGUCGUCAGGUUCUGCCUGAAUGAUUUUACAGUGGUGUUAGUUGCGACGACGGCGGCAUAGACAUUUAACUGAAGUUUGUAAUCAAGGUUAGACGCAACAUAUCAGGGAUUGAUAGUAAAUCAGUUGAUAAGAUUGUAAAUCUUAGGGGCGGCCAAAGCUUGAAGUCACUAACUUCUAGUCUUAGCCAUGUUGGUAGAUACAGACUACUUGGUUGUGUUCCGCAUGACUAUCGUAACCAAUGUUUGGAGACAGUGUGACUUGUCUCAGAACCGAUCAAAAUGGCGUAGGUGUAUACACUCUCUGCCUUCACUUAAACCUUGAGAUUACUUACUUUCUGCGAACUAAUUCCUUCUCCCCGUAACAUAUCCUUAUAUACAAUCGUUUUUUAUAUAUUACUACCAGUGAAGUAACUACUUUAUGAAUUCGGUGUUCAUUUUGUUGUGCUAAUGAAGUGUGGCAACUUGUACCGACGCAUAUAUGUGCCUGGUCUUACGUUGUAGCUGACUGACUAACAUAAUUUCAUUUCAAAACUGUAACCAUUGUCAGUUACAUCAACUAGUUGUGGAUUAUUGUAAAUGUGAGAUAGUUUGUCGUUAUUGUAAUGAUUUUGAGAUGUUAGCAAUCACAAAACUACUCUUAACAAAUCGUGACAAUCUGCUUGAUGGAGAUGUUUGUCAGGAGGUUGUUUCAAUUCAGUACAAUCUACAUAUUCAACAUACAAAAAUAUGGUUCGUUUAGAUGAAUUAUUAAUUUACCAAUGAGCAUUUCAACAUUCAUCGUCUCAUAAUAUACAUUGUACAGGGUUAAUAUUUCCUGCAGUCGCUUCCCCUCACAUCGAAACGAAAAAACUAUAGUUUUGCUUGGUAGAAUUUAUGUUUAAGAAUCUAAGUAUCAGCUAAGUUAGACAUUUGUGAUACAGCUGAUGAUGCCACAGUUAUUUGUGGUUUGACAACGUUUUAACCAGUGAUACAUUCUGUAAUUGAAUCGUGUCCACCCAGUGGAAUCAAUAGUCUGAAGCUAGGAGAUUCGAAGAUACAUUAGGUAGGUUGUCAACAUAUGGAGAAGGGACUGAUCAACACUGGCUAGCGGUUGCAGGAGAAGUUGAGCACAGCGUUCCCACUCGUGAUGUGGUGCCGGAUAUGUGACCGAGCACAUUCGACUAGGUGAGUCCAUUAAAACUAAUGUGGUCACCAUGAAAUCUUGAAGACUUACAGAGCUAUUGAACUUGGGAAUCUAUUUACCGCUACACAGCUGUCUAAAUUAUAAAGAAUUCUUUGACCAUUGCUCGAAUACCAUGGAAAUGAGGUACAAUAUCGGUGUGCUACAGUUCUUCAAAAUCCAAUUGCUCAUUGUUAAUGUUAUGU